ACAGUAGGUGGCGGUAAUGCACCGUACCGUUGGAUGCCAACCGCCGGUAAACCCCACCCAAGAAUAAGAAGCUAAAUGUUAUGGAAGAAGUGAACUUUAUACUGGAGUGUUAUUUGAAGAAAGUGGGGGUGGUCCGAUGUUGGAAUACCAGUUGUUGUUCCAUAACUUACUGGACAUGAUAAUGGGCAGUACGAUAGUGAAAUGUGCAGCUACAGACCUGGGAAUCCAGUGGGCUGGAUGGGCCAUUGCAGCAGCUCUCAAAACCGAGAAGUUCUAUGACUUAGCAGGGUCUGGCACAUUUAUAUUACUCGCCCACCUGAGUCGCUAUUGGGGAGGGACUCGUCAUUUGAGGCAAAAUGUGCAGACCGGAUUGGUGACAGCAUGGGGAGUAAGGCUUGGAACAUUCCUCUUCAUGCGGAUCUUAAAGGACGGCCAGGAUCGCAGGUUUAACAAUGUCAGAGACAGCCCAGGGACAUUCUUUGUGUACUGGAGUGUUCAAGCUGUUUGGGUGUUCAUGACCCUCCUACCUACUCUCAUCCUGAACAGUGAGCAGCGAGAUGAGCCAUUGGGCCUGAGGGACUACCUGGGCUGGGGGAUAUGGGGCCUUGGCUUUGCCACGGAAGCCAUUGCUGACCAGCAGAAGUGGCUCUUCAAAGGAGACCCAGAUAAUGCUGGAAAGUUCAUCCAGAGCGGGCUGUGGGGCUACAGCAGGCACCCCAACUACCUCGGGGAGAUACUCCAGUGGUCUGGACUCUUCCUCUCCGCCUCAUCAGUGAUGAAGGGUCCCCAGUAUGCCAGUGUGCUAUCUCCUCUGUUUGUCUGGUUCCUGCUGCGUCAUGUCAGUGGCAUUCCCAUCCUGGAGAAGCAGGCCAUGAAGAAGUGGGGCUCAGACCCUGCCUUCCAAAACUACGUUAAGAACACUCCUCUCCUUUGGCCAAUUCCCAAGUUCUGAUGUGUUACAUACUUUCUAAUAGGGUGUUCUGGCACAAGGGGAACUUACUGAACAGGACCAUUUGUAAUCAUCAAGCAUCCAAUGUGCUGGUUGUCUUUGAUAUUCUCAUAUACACACGCAGAAACUUCAGAUUGUAUCUUGCACAAAUGUUUUUGAUAAACAGGUUUACUUAAAAUCCACAAUUUUAACUAUACCACUUUUCAGUUGUCUAAAUUCCAGUGGUUUAAAAAUACUUGAAUGUACUACUUAAGUAGUUUUUUGGGGUUCUGUACUUUACCAUUUAUAUUUUUGACAAUUUCACUAAAUUCCUAAAGAAUGUACUUUUUACUCCAUACAUUUUCCCUGACACCCAAAAGUACUCGUUACAUUUUGAAUGCUUAGCAGGACAGGAAAAUGGUCCAAUUCACACACUUAUCAAGAGAACAUCCCUGGUCAUUCCUACUGCCAUACUCACUAAACAUGAUUUGUUUGUAAAUGGUGUGCCCCUGCCCAUCCGUAAAUAAAACUAGAAAAAUCA